GGACUGGCUGACCCACGAUUCUCUUCGGUCCCCAAGUUCAAGAUCAUCUGAAGUGUUCAUUUUGAAGUUGAUUCGCUAUUCAAUCUGGUCCACAAUACCCUGCAGUCUCGGGCGCGCUGCCACGAACUUGAAGGUGCGGUGUUAGUGGUCUACUUCACACACCGCUACACCUACGGCCACUUCCGUCAGCAGCUGUAACACGGGCGGCGGGCCUUAGUGCUCCAGGAAUUCGGCGACAUACGCACGCUCUCAUUUCUCCCAGUCAAAUCUUUGGACUCACGCUCGCAUACUUGGCUGUGACAAGCCAUGUCCAGCGGCAUUUCCCCGAUCCUUGGACUUCUGGGUGUCGUGGUGCAGGGGCUUGACGGCCUCGUCGGCAUCAGGUGCAACCCCGUCGUUGUCGGCGAAGACUGUAACAACACACCUAUGUGCUGCGAAGAGAAUGGGAUCGGCAACCUCAUCUCCGUCGGCGGUAUCGUGAUACGAUUUUGCAAUCGCAUAAAUGAGCUGCGAUCGUUAGCGUACACAGCACACCUUGUCAAGCUCGAGAUGAAUCGGCUGCAUAUGAUCCUGAAUAACAAGUUGAACUGA